UACGUCCACGCCCCUAUUUGUCUUCCCAGUUCCGCCGCAGUGAGAUCAUCCGCGAACGAGGGCGCGGGCGAGAGCGAAAGCGACGAAGAAGGUCGAAGUGAAGAAGAAUAAAGAAAGAAAGAGGGAUCUCCCAUCUUCGGCUUCCAGUCUCUUCUGAUGCUUGUCCAGCUGUCCUCGACCGUCUAAAAGGACGGCGUGCUCGGAUGCUGGCUUCCCCCAAUUCUCCAAAUCCAAAGGGUCCGCUAGGUUCUCCUUCCACGGCCAUCUAUUCCUCAGGGUUGUAGGAGGUGAGGCAAUUCUUUUGGUUGCCAAGGGGCUUUAAAUUGGUAAGGAUGAGCAAAGAACGACCACCGGACCCAUUGGAUUUCUUUAUAUGGACGGUCGAGGAUGUGGGAUUGUGGCUGGAAGAAAUUAACUUGGGAACUUACAGACAGGUCUUCGGAGAGAAUGGCGUCAAUGGUCAGUAUUUAGAUAGCUUGUCCGCAUUCACCACUGAACAGAUUCUGCGAUUUAUCAGGCGAUGCCAUAUGAAGUGGGGAGAUUUCAUCAUACUAUGCAAGGAGCUCAGACGCAUUAAAGUCGCGUUGCUGAAAGGAGAGGAACAGGUUCGUCGGCCAUGGUGGGCUCCGUCCUGCCUAUCAGAUGUAUUUGUGAAGGUGUCAAAGCACAAUCGGCAGUCUCGAGUUGUCUCUUUAAAGUUGGAGCCUUGAUAUGCCGGAGAAUGGAUGGGUACAUAUGAUGUUGAAUUUGGUAUGAAGAUGUUCGUGCAGUCGUUUCUAAAAUAUCUUCUUCGAUUUUCUUCUUGUUAUCCUGUUUUUGUUGUUUCGGUCUCUGUUAUUUGUCCACUUACGAGGAUCAAUUUUUUUGCUGAACAAAUGGAAGCCAGUCCAGUACUGUGAAAUGUUACUUAAAUGAUCUACCAUGCAGCUUGUAUGGCCAGAGACUGUCAAUGUAUAUGCUUUCCCUGUC